UUCAUAUCUGCCAUCUUCUUUUAAUGGGUUGACCAGGAAACAGCCAUCUGAUGCAGACUUUUGCCUGUCUUUACAUAUAUUAUAUAUAUAUAUACGCGAAAGAGACUUCAUGACUCUUUCUUGAAGCCUUCUGAGCUUGUUGUGAGUUCCAAACAGCUCUUCCUGGAGCUUUUUCCUGGUUUGGAUUUCUAAUCCCUAUCAGCAGCUACCAGUUGAAUUUCAACACAAUUUCAUUGAAGUGAGAUGCUCCAACUAGCCUCCUAACCCUCUGAAAACACCCGCCUGAAUUCUCUGCAUUCAACAAAGCAGCCCAAGGAUAAACCCUCCAGUAAAGCCUAUGUGACUGAAGAUAUAGGAGUCUGCUGUCCUGUCCUGAGUUCCCAGCAGUGUGAUUCCUGCUUAACUGCAGAAGGAAGGACUGGGUCCUGGAAAUACUGAAGUAGUUACCUCUUAACACCACCCAACAGAGAUGGAACUUGGUGAGGUUGUUGUGGCAGAACAUCCCGGUGAGAAACAGCGUUACACAGAGCAGAAGUCAAACACCAAGGACCUGCUGGGGAGAAGCGGAAAUUGGCUCUACCAAGUUUUUGGGUAUCUCACAGGAGAAAUGAAGGAGUGUGGAGAGUGGAUGAAAAAUAAGCCCCUGAUGGUUCAGCUGGUGGACUGGAUCUUGCGAGGGACCUCUCAGGUGAUGUUUGUCAACAACCCUCUCAGUGGGCUGAUCAUUUUAGUGGGGCUUUUCAUCCAGAGACCUUGGUGGAUGCUCACAGGCUGUACUGGCACAACUGUGUCGACUCUGACUGCGCUGGUCCUCAGUCAGGACAGAUCAGCCAUUGCAGCUGGACUGCAUGGCUACAAUGGGAUCUUGGUGGGACUGCUCAUGGCUGUCUUCUCUGACAAAGGAGAUUACUACUGGUGGCUUCUUCCUCCUGUGACAGUUAUAUCAAUGGCCUGUCCAAUCCUGUCCAGUGCUUUGGGAUCCAUCUUCAGUAAAUGGGACCUUCCUGUUUUCACUCUGCCCUUCAAUAUUGCGGUGACUUUGUACUUGGCAGCCACAGGACACUACAACCCCUUCUUCCCUACAACCCUCAUCAAGCCUGUAGCAUCAGUGCCCAACAUCACCUGGUCUGCAAUCAAUGUGCCAUUGCUCUUACAAUCCAUCCCAGUUGGCAUCGGUCAAGUGUAUGGUUGUGACAACCCCUGGACUGGAGGCAUUUUCCUUGUUGCUUUGCUCAUCUCCUCCCCACUUAUUUGUUUACAUGCUGCAAUUGGAUCAACAGUGGGGAUGUUUGCAGCUCUGAGCAUUGCAUCACCAUUUGACAGCAUCUACCUUGGCUUACACAAUUACAACUGUGCACUCGCCUGCAUUGCAAUUGGGGGCAUGUUCUAUGCCCUGACCUGGCAGACUCAUUUGCUGUCACUUGCCUGUGCAUUAUUUACUGCGUACUCUGGAGCAGCUCUUGCUAAUGCCUUAUCUGUGGUUGGGCUGCCCCUCUGCACGUGGCCUUUUUGCUUCUCCGCACUCCUCUUUUUGCUGAUAAGCUCAGACAACCCAGCCAUCUACAAAAUCCCCCUCUGCAAAGUCACCUACCCAGAAGCCAACCGGAUCUACUACCUGAGAAUGAAGAGAAGAGCCUCAGAGAGCAAGAGAGAAGAGCAGAAACGAAAGGAGCAGAAGCCCUCCAACAACUCAAAAAUAAACACAGGAGGGACUCCCCUGUGUACUCCCAAAAUCCACCACGCUUACUGAUUUCAGAUAUACACAACUGCAUAGUUUUGUGGUAGCUUUUCAAAUGCUAGCCAGGCAUACCACAGCCACAAACAGCAUCUUUGGCAGCAGUCUGCAGGCUGGGGAUUCAGCAUCCCACAGCCUGGAGGAAACACAAUUUACCCCUCAGCUAAGCUUUCCCAAAUGCACUCUUGUAACAUAAUAAUAGCUGCCUUAUCAAUCCACAUGCUGUUAACUUGAAAGUCACUUCUUAUCAAUAAUAAUUAUAAGGAUAGGUAGAAGAACAUUAAAGCCAACAAGAGGCUGUAUUUAAUUUCAUAUAUGUAAUUUAACAAAAUAAAUAUGCUGAGAAAGCAUUGCUAUCUAAUAAUAAUAAAUAAUGUAAGAACUAUGUCAAGAGCUACCCUUCAAAUUAAGAACAUGCACCUUUGAAAGUGGAAUAAACAGACUGAUCUCUUCC